AUGCUGGAAAUCGCGACCAGAUCCUCUCAAAGAACGGAGGAGCACUGCCGGAUACCAAACAGACGCUACCUCACGAUUCAGGCAGAGGGGAAGGUGAAAGUGGCUUCGGCCCCAGCGCCGGCCGCCUCGAGCCUGGGAAAAAACCCUGCGGCGUCGACUUGGCUAGGCGGCCUGAGAGUUUUGUUGGAAGUGCGGGAGAGGAAAAAGAAGAGGAAAGAGAAGCGUUUUUGCCGGUGGAAGCUCUGUUCGAAAGGGGUGUUUAGGGAGAGAGAAAAUUGGGAUAUUUUUAGUGGGCACUUCUCUCUUCUAAAAUCUUCUAAAAAACUUCUGACAAAAAAAUCAGAUCUGAAGAAAGUGUUCCCUCUCUUCUCCAUGCAACUCCCAUCCAUAGACUGUCGAUGGAGAAUCCAUGCUCCUUGCCUUCUCCUCCUUAUCUCUGUCCUGUUCUCGGGCAUGAGGACCGAUCUUCGGUGUCGUGCUCCAACACUUCGCCGGAGGGGGCUGGGUUGGUGA